AUGCAGAAAGUCAAGUCCAAGUUGCCGUCCUGGGAUUCAACCAAGACAACAAGCAAGAAGGGCUUUGACAAGGUCUGGGGCUGGGCGGAUAAGCUCGGAGCACCCGUCAAUCGACUCUCCAAUCGUAUUGGCAGCGAAGCGUUUUGGCCAACGACUUUGGAUAAGGAGAGCGACAAGGCAGCGAGAAUCUUGCGAUCAUUUUGCAGUGCGUAUUACCUUCUCCCGCGAGAAGAGCGCCCAGCCGACGAUGCUGGCCCGAAGCGAAAACAGCGUGUCGUCAAGAAGAUACCCCAGAAAGUUAUAGAGAAUGCCGUUGGCCUCGCCAUAUUCACGACGAUGCGCACCGGACUGUGGGUAUCCGGCUCUGGCGGUUCCGGCGUCUUGGUGGCCAGACAAGAAGACGGUUCGUGGUCUCCUCCGUCCGGGAUUCUGCUGCACACGGCGGGAUUGGGAUUCCUUGUCGGCGUCGACAUCUACGACUGCGUACUGGUAAUCAAUAACCCCAAGGCCCUCGAGGCCUUUACCAAGAUUCGGGCCACGCUGGGCGGAGAGAUUAGUGCAGUUGCCGGUCCCGUCGGCAUGGGCGGUGUUCUAGAGAACGACGGCAAGUGGAAGCAAGCAAACAGGCCGGUUUUCACAUACCUCAAGUCGCGUGGCUUCUAUGCCGGUGUCCAGUUCGACGGUACCGUCGUGAUUGAGCGCACCGAUGAAAACGCGCGCUUCUAUGGAGAGAAAAUAGGCGUUGCCGACAUUCUGGCUGGAAAGACCAAACGUCGGCCGCCGGAGCUCAAGAUGCUGAUGGAGACGUUGAAAGCUGCCGAGGGCCGAACGGAUGUUGACGAGGAGCUGAUGGAUGAGCUCGAGGGACAGCCUGCACCUGGCGACGUCAAUGUCGAAGCUCCCAACGACGGAAAGCUAUUCGGCAUCCCCGAACCCGACGAUCCGGAUCCCUAUGGCGUUCUUGCUCUGCAGAGAGAAGGAUUGG